GGUGUGGAAGUGUUCUCAAAUCCCCUGGCGCCUCCAUCUUUGUCAGGGCAUCAUGGCGGACAUCAUAGGUACGUCAUCCAUCGCGUCUAACUCUUCUCGGUGGUGGACGAGGUCUACAUCUGAAAUCUUUAACUUAAUUUUAUUUUCUUCUUAAAAAUAACUGUGAAAAAAGAGGAAAUGAACAAAACACGUUUUAGUUAGUGUAGAAUUAGUCAAUCCCAUUGUAAUUCCAUUCAUAAUCUAAGAUCCAUUUACACACAGAAGGACAUGAAGCAUUUUUUUUGCUUGGAAAUAAAGCCUCUUCAUCACCGUUAAUUAUUUUUCCGUUGGGAGAGGGUUACUAUAUAUAGUUUUUGUCUUUUCUUUUUUACAAUCCUUCAUCUCUUUGAUUUGAGAUGCUUAGUUAAACAGAAAUGCAGCAGAUGUUUAGUCUAUUAUUACUUCUGUUGAACUAUAAAACGUCUUCUUCAGCCUUGUUGCAUUUUAGUCAAGGUUUUAUAAGUCCAAAAGUUGAAGAAAAAUUAAGAACAACCUUUUUCAAAGUGUAGUGAUCUGAUUUAUGUGUAUUUUGAUAUUUUAUUAUUUAUUUUUUCCUAUUAUUAGCACAUCAGCCUUGACAAAUGAGGAUUUCAGGAAACUUUUGAUGACCCCUCGGUCUGGUGCACCAUCUGUGGCUCCUCCAUCAGCAAGGUCAUCAAGUCACAGCAGUAAAAGCACUUCAAGCAGCAUUCAUUCACAUCGUACCAGCAGGUGGGACAUGUUUUUGUUCUAG